CUUCUGUUGGUAUGGCUGUGUAUGUGGAUCAUCGAACAGAAGCUCCUGAUUCAGUUGCGUCCCCUUCUCACAUAGCGUGGCACCCACUUCAACCACUCCUGGCCGUGGGUUCCAUCAGCACAGCAGCUGGGGGCUGUGUGGAUAUCUACCUGGAACAGGGAGAACAUGUGUCCGAUGCACAUAUUGAGAGAAGCUUUCAGGUCACAUCACUUUCCUGGCACCCUUCCAGACCAAUUCUUGCAGCAGGCUGGGAGACAGGAGAAGUUGUGAUACUUAACAAACAAGACAAGGAGCGCCAUGAUGUACCGCCAAAUCAUAAUGACAAAAUUACAGUCCUAAACUGGAGUACAAAUGGUACCCGCCUUGUCUCUGGUGAUAGGCACGGUGUCUUGGUUCUAUGGAGAAUGGACCAGCGAGGCAGAGUGCAGGGUCCUGCCCUACUGAAACUGGAGUACGGAAAAUGUCUGUCUCACUGCAUCUUUCGACCACCCCCUCCUGGCGAGGACUUUGUACAGCUGGCAAAAGCGGCUGUGAGUGGUGAUGAGAAGGCCUUGGAUAUGUUUAACUGGAGAAAAGCUGGAACAGGAGCACCUCUGAAAAUGGGAUUCCAGGAAGGGCUCUCCUUCUUUAUCACUUUGACAGAUGGUUCUGUGCAUUAUGUGAACGCCAAAGGAAAGACAAGGCAUGUAUUGUCCACAGACAGUCUGGUCCAAAAGCUGGUUUUCAUGGAGGAAAGAGGUGUUUUAGUUGUUAUAACAGAGAACCUGCAGUUGUCCUUGCAUGCAAUUACUCUUGAGGGAGAGGCAGAAGAGCUCAUGAAGGUGAAGUUGAGUGGGAAGACAGGUCAUUAUGCAGACAUCAUUUUAAUAGACCAUAGCCUUGUUGUUACAGCACUAGGUGAGACCGUCAUCAGGUUCUGGGAUUUGGACCGAGACGAGAACUAUGUGCUCUCCCCAGAUGUGCAAUUUGGCUUUGAGGGAGGAGAAUGUAUUAACUGUGUUUCUUACUGCAGUGCUAAAGGUCUCUUAGCAGCUGGUACGAACAAGGGGAGAAUAGCUGUGUGGAGGAAAGCAGCAGGAUCUGAGCAGAGCACACGGGCUUUGGAGGGCAAAGAGAAGUGGAAGCUCCAGGCACCUACAGAACUUGAAGGAAAUGUCACUCAGAUAAAGUGGGGCUCCCGAAAAAACCUGCUGGCAGUGAACAUGGUCAGCUCUGUGGUGAUCCUCAGGGAGCAGGCAAUGGCGUCUCAUUUUAAUCAGCAAGUGGCCGUUGUACAGGUGUCUCCCACCCUGUUUGAUGUGACCAUCUUCAGCACAGGAACCACACACAGUCUUUGUGUUGAUAUGAAUGUUAAUGGAGUCUUCGCUACUAAGGAUGCCGUAGUAUUCUGGAAUGGGAAGCAAGUGUCUGUGUUAGAGUACUCAGGAGAUACCUUCAGAAGUGCAGGCUCUUUUCUUUGUGACUCUCCAGUUCUGUCCAUGCAUGGAGAAAACCUGUACACAGUUGAGCCGUAUCAGGUCCAGGUCCGCACUUGGCAGGGCACAGUUAAACAGCUACUGGUGUUCUCUGAAGCAGAGGGGAAUCCAUGUCUCUUGGAUGUCUGUGGAAAUUUCCUGGCUGUGGGAACUGAUUUGGCUCACUUCAAAAUCUUUGAUCUCUUUCGCAGAGAGGCAAAAGUGCACUGCAAUAGUAAGAAUUUCUCUGAGCUGUUUCCUGGCCUCGGAGGCAUUGCAUCUGUCAAGUGCAAUGCUAACGGCAAUCAAGUCAGCAUCCUUGUUAGCAAGGUGGACGGGAACAUUGAUUCCAAGAUCUGUUUCUAUGAUGUUGAAAUGGACAAAGUUACACUCUUUGAUUUCAAGGCUGAACAGGGAAAUGGUAGAGAGAAGCCUUCCUCUGGACAAGGCAUUGACAAAAUGGACAAGCUGUUCUGUGGCACAUACAUUAGAAAUUCUAGUAGCAAGGCAGCAAACUGCAGCGAACCAGGAAUUGUCAUGGAA